AUGGGUGCCCGAGCGGUACUUGCGCUUCUGCUCGGCGCAUGUGUCUGCUUUGCUUCUCGGGCCCGCACAGAGGCGGCGCACGCCUUUGCCCUGCCGACGGAUCGAAGUCUGCGACGGUCUCCGCCAGCGGCUCUCGUCGCUAGGACGGCGACUGCAGGAUCUGGUACAGAGCUCAAACAGUUCGUGCGCCCGAACCGGCGCCUGCCUGGCCAUUCCGUGCUGGCUUUCUUUCGGGCUAUUGGGCUCACGUGGACCAUGUUUUGCCUGUCAGCCUGGGUUGUCCCGGCCAUUGCAGCAGGAAUUCCUGCGGUGAAGCGCAAGGAUCCGGUGGCGCGCAAGUAUGUGGACCGAGUCAUCUGCGCGUGGAGUCAAAUGACGACAUGGCCUUUCUUCCGUGUGAAGGUGAAGGGGCGCGAGAACUUGUUGCCUAAAGAUCAGGCGGUGGUUUAUGUCGCGAACCACCAGUCCUUCAUGGACAUCUUGUCUUGCUACCAUCUGUCCCGAUCCUUCAAGUGGGUUUCAAAGGCGUCCAUCAUGAAGAUCCCAGUGGUCGGUUGGGCGAUGAAAAGAACCCGCACAAUCACCAUCGAGCGGGAAGAUAGAAGGUCCCAGAUGGCAGCCUUUCGGCAAUGCGUGUCGACAUUGCAAGAGGGCGCCUCCAUUUUCAUCUUUCCGGAGGGUACACGGAGUCCCGACGGAGCACUCCUUGAGUUCAAGAAGGGUCCGGUCUCGAUGGCCAAGAGGGCAAAGGUGCCGAUUGUCCCGGUGACUAUCCUGGGAACUGGCCGUUUGAUGCCCAGCAAGAAGGAGUUCUUUCUCUACUACAACCGUCCUGGAGUGCAGGUGAUCGUGCACCCGGCAGUUUCGGCCGAGGAAGUCCAGGAGACUCCGGACAAAGAGCUCCUACUUAACCUGCGAAACACCAUUGAGUCAGCUCUUCCUCUGGAGCUGCAGAAGGGGACCGUGGCAAGUUGCCGGCCCCAGAAUCUGCAAGGGCAGGCGGCUAUGGAUGGACCGGAGGGCGGUCUGUUCACCGUGGAGUGUAAGGGAAGCAUUGAUGCAGAUCGUUAUUGCUACAAACUGCCAUGCGAUGGAAGUUACUCCAUCUCUGGUCUAGCCUUGGUGCCACCUCUGCCAUGGCAGACACGGUCCGGCACCCCGGGUGAGUACACGUUGGACACAGAAGAAGAUGAGACUGAGGAGCCCGAAUUUGUGCCACUUCCUCCUCCGCCGAAGGUCCGAACUCAGAGGCAGAGUGUGUCUGCAGAAGCUUUCGGCGAGUGGAAUCAGCGGGUUAUCUUCGAGCCCGCGGUCUAUCCGAAAACGCCAGACCAGACGCAGGAGCUCGUUGAGGUGACAGCGCAAUCCUUCUUAUUCACGUCUCUUGAAGAGAAGGAUCUUCGCGUUGUCAUCGCUGCCAUGAAGGGCCCGCUGAUUUUAGAGUCAGGCCACAGAAUCAUCCAAGAGGGUGACACGGGGGACCAUCUCUACGUGGUCACGGACGGGUCUAUGGACUGCGUCAAGGUCAUCGACGGUGUCGAGAUGGUUGUCAAGACCUGUGUCAAGGGAGACCUCUUUGGGGAGCUUGCGCUUCUGUAUAAUUGUCCCAGAGCGGCGAGCGUCCAAUGCCGCGAGCCUGCGGUGCUCUGGGAGCUGGACCGCGCGACCUUCAACAACAUCGUCAUGGAAGGAGUCCAGCGAAAACGAAACCAGUGCCUUUCAGUCCUCUCCUCCGUGCCAUUGUUUUCCAGCAUCACGCGCGGGGAGUUGGAAAACAUCAUCGACGCCUUGAAGAUGGAGAGGCGGCCAAGGGGCGACGUCAUCAUCAGUCAAGGCGAAGUCGGCGAUCACUUCUACAUUGUCUACGAGGGUCAGGUCAUGGCCUCCAAAAUCACGGAAGAAUCCCCAGAGCCCGUGAUGAUGAUCCAUGAGGCUGGCGACUACUUUGGCGAGCUCGCGCUCAUCCUUGAGGAGCCUCGAGCUGCUACGGUGGUAGCCAGCAGCGACCCGGAG